AUGAGAAAGUGUAGUAGAAUUCUGCUUCCUGGUGGAAUCAGUGACGUGGCUGCCUUUGACUCGCUUCUCUCCCUAAACCAGGCAGCCCCCCUCUUUCGAGGCCUCUUUGGCUUUGGCGCCCUCGUUGAAGCAGUGGUCUCAGCCAACUCGCCUGAAAUCGGCCACAUCCUCAGGGACGUCACCUUCAACUACGACGACACCGUCAUCGACCAGCUCCACCACGUCAUCGACCUGGUCAAGGACAAGGAGACCACCCUGGCCGCCCUCAUCGAUCACCUUCUUCUCGUUCAAAAUUAUUCAACUGAUUUUGAUGGAACCAACUCCCUGAUCCAGCAGCUCCUGAACACAAGGAAGGCGCAGAAGAAGACGGUGGCCCUGCUCCACCACCUGAGUCGCCUCGGAUACGACCAGAACAAGAUUGAUCACUUUCUCAGACAGGUUGAUCAGUACCACCACAUUCUGGUCUACUUUGAUAGGUUCGAUAUUGUGGCUGAAAAGUGUGGUGAAAUAGGCAGCAUUGUUGGAGAGGACCAAUCCAACCAGGUGAUUCUCUAUAGGGCAUUCUGGGCCAUUGCAAACGGAGACUACGCCUCAGUUGGGGCCAACCUGAUUCACCUGAGACCAUCUCCGAUUCUGGUUGACUUCGUUGAAUUUCUUGUUCCAAAAUGGAUCUCACUCAAAAUGACCAUUGAUCAGGUCCACGAUCAGCCAUCAACUGGAAACCAGUUUGUUGAGUCACUGAGAGCCGUUCUUCGUAGCCUGAUUGACUCGUUCUCCACCAGCCUAAUCGACUCAUUCACCACCAGACUGAUCAAUAUUGGUCUAUUCACCAGUAGAAUAGUCCACAUUGACUCAAUUGGUGCACUAUCCACCCUGACUGAUGCUGAACUCAUUCUGUCACACGCAUUUGAUAGUGAUAGACUGGUGGAAUACUGUAGUAGGAAUAUUGGUGAACUAGUGAAAAGAGUAAAGAGGAGCAAGUGUAGUAGAAAGAGGAUAUUCAGUAGAAUAAGGGAGUAUGUAAGGGGUGGAUGUGUGUCAAGGGCUAUUAGGAUACUGGUUGGUAGCAUUGAACUACUGGAUGUGAAUGAGUGUAUUGUGGUAGAGGCAAUGAUGGGGGAGAAUAAUGGAUUUAGAGAGGGGUUGAUAAGAAGAAUAAGGAUGUCAGGGGAGAAAGAGAAGAAGGUGGAGAUAUAG